GAUGUGCUUUAUAAAUAAGUUCUCCUUGUCUUGCCUUGACAGAUCCAACAAUGAAGCCACCUUGAGCCUCUGGGAUGCUGAGUCAGGUCGGAAUAUUUUUUGUGCCACAAUGUCCCUUCAGACCUUUCAUGUCCUGUCGAGAGUCAUCCGCUUUGAUAACCGGGAGACCAGAGUAGCACGGCGUGCCCUUGACAAACUUGCUCCCAUCAGGGAAGUCUGGGACAAGUGGGUGGAGCGUCUGCCGUCCAUGUAUAAUCCUGGGCCAGAGGUAACUGUAGACGAGCGACUUGUCCCAUUCCGAGGCCGCUGUCCGUUCAGGCAGUAUAUUCCAAACAAACCUGCAAAGUACGGAGUCAAGAUCUGGGCAGCAUGCGAUGCCAGGAGCAGUUAUGCUUGGAAUAUGCAGAUCUACACAGGCAAAUCUGCAAGUGGAAUGGCCGAAAGGAACCAGGGCAUGCGGGUGGUGCUGGACUUGACAGAGGGUCUACGUGGGCAUAACAUCACCUGCGAUAACUUUUUCACUUCUUAUGCCCUCGGCCAAGAGCUGCUGAAGAGAAAACUGACCAUGGUGGGAACAGUAAGAAAAAAUAAACCAGAGCUCCCUCCUGCCCUGAUUGACACCAAAGACAGAGUUCCUCUCUCCUCAAAAUUUGCUUUCACAGAAACCACCACAAUGGUGUCCUACAUUCCGAAGAAGAGGAAGAAUGUCACCCUGAUCUCAACCCUCCACAAGGACGCUGCUGUGAGCAGCAGGGAGGACAAGAAGCCAGCAAUAAUAUUGGACUAUAACCGUUGCAAAGGGGGAGUUGAUGUUCUUGAUAAGGUCACUGGCACAUACACCUGUCAGAGAAAAACAUUACGGUGGCCAAUGGUUGUGUUCUUCAACAUGCUGGAUGUGUCGGCCUACAAUGCGUUUGUGGUGUGGACGGAGGUCAGUACUGGAUGGAACAUUGGGAAGUUCAACAGGAGGAGGCUCUUUCUGGAGGAGCUGGGGAAAGCUCUGGUGAGGCCACAUAUAGAGAGACGCCAGCGGGUACCCCGAGCUCCUGGCAGUGCCGAGUUGGUGAGAGAGCUGCAGGCAGCAAGUAAGGCAGCGACUUCUACAGGGUCUACAGGGCUCCGGCCAGUGGAUGCCAAAGGCACCAAAAGAAAGAGGUGCCAGUUUUGCCCUUCAAACAAAGACAGAAAAACGACGACAACCUGCCACAAUUGUAAAAAAUACAUUUGCAGGGAGCACAUGCAAACAUUUGCUUUCUGUGAUUCGUGCAGGUGAACACACACACACAUCUUCAAGUUUGUGUUCAUUAAUCAUAAUUGAUCUGUGAAUAUUAUUUGAAUCAAAUAAAGUUGGUGAUUGAAUUUUUAUUUUCUGAAUCAAAUAGUGUUGAUGUUUGAAAAAAAAUGUUUUCUGUGUUCAUGCAGUCAUCAUUAUUCUGAGGUUGGUGUUUUUGGUAAAUAAAGUUGUUUUCUGAAGA